AUGGGCUGUCUUUCAGAAACAAAGGUUUUCACUGCAUCUUCUGUUCCUACAGAGAACCAUAUCACGCCGGGUCAAAGCAUUGACUUGGUGGCUCUGCUGCAGAAUCCAGCAUCAAGUACCGAGGCCGAUUCUGUCACGUUUGAGUCCUCACAGCAGCAGAAUUUUGGCCAAGCUCUUGUAUUCACAAACUCCCAGCAUAGUUCUCAGAUUACAUCUGCAGCUGGCAGCUCAAAUUCAGUAAGCACUUACGCUCCACAGAGUCUGGUCCCCUUUAAUCACACUAAGGGAGAAUCUAUUCAAGUAGCCUAUUGUCUAGCUUUUUCCGUAUCUGCAUUCACAGAUUUUAAAUCCCAGCCAGAGCCAUCACCAGUGCUAAGCCAACUAGCUCAACGACAACAGCAUCAGAUACAGCCUCUAAGUCCUCCUGGCUUGGAGUCAUUUUCCUCCCAGGUAAAGCUCAGAGAGACCUCACCUGUUGACAGCUCCUCCACAGUGGGUAAAAUGCUGCAACUUCCUACCUUGGCUUUGGACACACAAACAUUGUCUGCACAGCAGGCCCAACAGCAGAAACAGAUCAAACCUCAGAAAAGGAGAAUCCCUCCAACGUCAAAGAUCCCUGCCUCUGCUGUAGAGAUGCCAGGUUCAGCUGAUGUCACUGGAUUAAAUGUGCAGUUUGGAGCUCUGGAGUUUGGUUUAGAACCUUCUAUUCCUGACUUUGGCACAAAUGGAAGUCCAGAUAGUACAAGUCAAACACCUAAUAACUUGUAUUCUAAAACUAUAAGUGACACCUUGAAUACCUCUCUGCCAAUAUCCAGUGCAUUACAGGAGCCAAGUUACACACCUUCAGUUAUCACCACUUCCAGCCUCAGCAGCAGCUCCCAGAGUACUAGUCCAGUGACCACAACUUCCUCCUCUUAUGAACAGACACCUGUGCAUAGCAGGAUAGCAUACCAAAGCUCCAUGCCUCCAGCUGACUUGGUACCUGUUACUAACGGACACAAUGGAAUUCGGGCGCAACAAGCUUUGAACAGUAAGUACAGAAUGCAUUGA